AUGGAUCUCAAUGCUUUUCCAUUUGAUUUAAAUGAAGAACCAUUGUUUGAUUUAAAUGAAGAGCCAUUGUUUGAUUUAAAUCAAGAACUACAUGAUUUAAAUGGUGAGGAAGAAAACUUUGCUACAGGAGAAGAAAGCAACACUCACAUAACUGCUGAUUCAGAAGAAGUCCAUGAAGUUCAGAAUGAAAGUCACGAAAAUAUUCAAGAGGAGCAGCCCCAAAACAAUGAUGAGGAACAACUCCAAAUGCAAAGAAAGGUUAAAAUGUUGAGUAAUGAAGAGCGCAUUACCAUUUAUCAGCUACUACUGCAAAAAAGUGUUGAUGGAAAAUUACCUCAAGGGGUGAAAGAGUCAGUAGCUUCAUCAUUUUCAGUUUGUAGGAAAACUAUCGACCGUAUUUGGAAAAGAGCAAAAGAAAGUGAGACUCAUGAUGUGUCUCAUAAGAAGACAAAAAAUAGUGGUCGCAAGAGAGUUGAAAUUGAUUUGAGUCAACUUCGUGAAAUCCCUUUGAGCCAAAGAACAACUGUUCGAACUUUAGCUGUUGCCAUGAAAACAAAUACAAGUGCAAUGUAUAGGCUUAUACAAUCAGGUGCAAUAAAGCGUCAUUCGAGUGCCAUAAAGCCACAACUGACAGAGGAAGGUAAAAGAUUGCGGUUGGAAUUUUGUUUGUCGAUGCUUGAAGGUAUACCGCAUGAUCCAAUGUUCCAAAGUAUGUACAAUAUUAUUCACAUUGAUGAAAAAUGGUUCUACAUGACGAAGAAAUCUGAGAGAUACUAUUUGCUCCCAGACGAGGAUAAACCACAUCGUAGUUGUAAAAGUAAAAAUUUUGUUCCAAAAGUUAUGUUUUUAACUGCUGUAGCUCGACCAAGAUUUGACUCGGAAAAAAAUGUAACUUUUUCAGGGAAAAUUGGAAUUUUCCCGUUUGUCACUCAAGAACCGGCUAAAAGGACAAGUGUUAACAGAGUGGCGGGAACAAUGGAGACAAAAGCAAUAACUUCGAUAAAUAGAGACCUCAUAAGGUCAGUUUUUAUUGAGAAAGUGCUUCCAGCUACAAAGGAAGUGUGGCCAAGAGACGAAUUGGGGUCAACGAUAUUCAUUCAACAAGAUAAUGCAAGAACUCAUAUUAAUCCUGAUGAUCCUGAGUUUGUUCAGGCAGCCACACAAGAUGAAUUUGACAUCCGUUUAAUGUGUCAACCUCCUAAUUCUCCGGAUUUUAAUGUCUUGGACCUCGGAUUUUUCAGUGCUAUACAGUCAUUGCAUUACAAGGAAGCACCUAAAACUAUUGAUGAACUUGUCAAUGCAGUGGUGAAGUCGUUUGAAAACUAUUGUGUGGUGAAGUCCAUUUUCAUAUUUCUCUCAUUGCAGUUAUGCAUGAUAGAGACAAUGAAAGCCAAAGGUUCCAAUAGAUAUACAUCUCAGCAUAUGCAGAAGGAAAAAUUAGAAACAGAAGAACAACUACCCAUUCAAUUGAAGUGUGACCCAAUAUUAGUGCAAGAAACUUUGGAUUACUUAAACAACAAUUAA